GUCCCCGUCCCCGGCCACGGCCAGCCCCCACCCUAUCGCACGAAUUCGAACAGCGCCGCAGCGUCACGACGGCACAUGAUACAGGCACCCACACACAGCCUCGUGUUUGUUUAGUUCACUCGCACAGCCCACCUCCCCGUUUCUUUAUAUCCGGCGGAUCGCCGGCUUGUCUCUUGUAGCCGGUGGCAUCGAUCCAAGGACUACUACCCCCUCCGGCCCCCGCUCGCUGCUUCCUCCUCCAUUUCCGAUCGGUCGAUUGCGGUUGACAGCUCCACCGUCUGCUAGCUAGUGCUUCUCCGAUCGUGUUGCAUGGACGGCGAGUGGAGCGACGGGGCGGUGUCCGGCGGCGAGCAGAAGGCCAGCGGGGACGGCGUCUCGGCGGACUGCAACAGCCCGGGGUCGCCUUCGCCACCGGCGGUGCCGUCGACCAGCGGGAGGAGGCGGUCGUUGCAGAAGCGAGUGGUGACCGUGCCUCUCGCUGACUUGAACGUCCCGCGGCCCAAGGGCGUCGGCGAGGGCAACACGCCGACCGACUCGUGGGCGUGGCGGAAGUACGGGCAGAAGCCCAUCAAGGGCUCACCCUUCCCAAGGGCUUACUACAGGUGCAGUAGCUCGAAGGGGUGCCCGGCGAGGAAGCAGGUGGAGAGGAGCCAGGCCGACCCGGACACGGUGCUCAUCACCUACUCCUACGAGCACAACCACUCCAGCACGGUGGCGAGGGCGCAGAACCGGCAGACCCAGAGCCCCCGGAAGCCCAACAAGGAGCGGCCGCUCCCGUCGCCUGAGCCAGCGAAAUCCGACGGCACGCACCAUGGCACCGCCAACGUCGCCGGCGGCCUAGUCACCGCGAGCCCGGCGCCGGCCAUCGAGGUGCACGACGAUUUCCGGUGGCUCUACGACGUCGUGUCCGUCACCUCGUCGACGUCGCCCUCCGAAGUCGAGGCGGCCGACGACAUGCUACUGUACGGGCCCAUGUUCUUCGGCAAAGCGGUGGUCGAGGUCGACACGGCCGCGCUCCUUCCCGACGAGUUCGGCGGCGAGGCCAUCGGCGGGGGAGGAGGCGAAGAAGAAGACGCGAUGUUCGCGGGGCUAGGCGAGCUGCCGGAGUGCGCCAUAGUGUUCCGGCGGCAUGCCCGCGACGGCCUGGCGGCAAUGGCGGGAGGGGUCAAGGUCGAGCAGCCGGCGGAGGGCACUGCCAUGACGUGAGCAUGUCUUGUCUGACGUGUGGGACAGUUCUUCAAUAAGAUCGGCGGAUAAAAUUAGUUUCAUGUUCUGGCGCUUUUGUUGGUUAGCUUUCUCCCCCUUCUUUUGGUACCUUCUUUUACUCAUACUCCAUUACUAUACAUUAGCACACAGAAGAAUCUGAGACAUUACCAUUGCACAUAUUGAUUGGACGAGCACCUUUUGUCAAUGGUUUGGUUGAAUCACUUGUCU